AUGCCUCUACUCGCUGUUCAUUUCUGUGCUGUCACGAUCUUCAAUGAACUUUGCAGCAUCCAAAAGUACCCAUCUCUUUUCGAGAAAGAAUACAAACAGCUGGGAAGCGCUCAGACUCAGCCCAUAACAGAGAGAUCAUGGGAUUUGAAGAUUCAAACGGCAUUCAACAGUUUACUUAAGCAGCUUCAACGCCAAAAGCCACAGUCGAUACAAGAUCCACUUAACCUGUUGAGAGUUGUGGAUCGUUGUACUAAGAAACCCACGACUUUGAAGGAGUAUGAAGAUAUUCUGAGAGCUUUAACGACAUUCUACUGA